UGAACAACGCGUUUUUACUCGAAUUUAUUAAAUGCCUGGAAAGUCUGCCUGCAUUGUGGAAUAAUAAAAGUGAUGAAUACAAAAAUAAAAAUUUGCGCAAUAAAUCAUGGCACAAAUUACUCAAAAAGCACCAAGAAUAUUACAAAGAGGCUGAUAUGGAAAUGGUGAAGAAAAAAGUAAAUUCACUGCGCGCUACAUACAGACGCGAGCUAACCAAAAUAAAAAGGAGCGAAAAGUCAGGGGCCCGAGGUGAUGAUUUAUAUAAACCACGUUUAUGGUACUUCGAGGAUUUAAGUUUUCUACACCACCAGCCAAAAACUAAAAAGCGUAAGCGCUAUGAUAGCCACCAUGAGGUGCUGGAAAAACCAGUGCAGCACAAUGCGAAUUAUAAAAAUCAAAGGGACGACGCAGAUGUUUUCGCUGAAGGAUGGGCUGUAAUCUUCAGACAAUUAUCGAGGGAGCAACAAAUUUUCGCCAAAAGAGGAAUAGACGAACUCCUUAUGCAAGGCCAACUGGAGAUGCUGACAUACAGUAGUGUGCCCAAUGGUCUGGCAAAUCACGACAAUUUUUUAGUUGAUGAUGUUCGUAAACAAGCUUCGCCCAAUUAGUGGGAAUAGCUUGCUAAAAGCUUUCUGCUAGUACGUGGAUGUGAAAUAUACAUAUGCUUUUAUUAAAGUCCAACUUUUUGUUGAAAUGAACAAAUUUGACGAGCAAAUUCGAGAAUGGUUGGCCUACUUUAGCAGAUUCUUCUAGCGAAGGCAUCGCGGUAUUUGCUAGUAUUAAUCGGUGCUGCCAUAUUGUUCACAAUUGAUGCAUCAGCCCUACUGGACCAAUCCGGACGGUACUACAAUACUAAUACUUUUUUGUUUAAAGUAUAUCAAAAUGUAAUCUUUAGAAGAAGCGUCAAUUUUGAAUUGUGUUUAACAGAUGAUUUCGCUGUUCACUGCUAGCUAAUUUAACUAAAGCAAACAAAAUGUAACAAUGCUUUAAAUGGUCAAAUUUUAAACCACUUUAGCAAC